UGAUGUACCAAACUACACCAGAUGCUAUGUGGAUAGCGUUUGAUAUUUUUCCUCCGUUAAAAUUUUUGAAUUAGUGUUUAUGUAACGGAAGCUAUGGUUACCAUGGUCAUUUUUUUGAAAGGGCAGUAAGUAAAAAUAUGACUUUUAUUUUGAAAUAUAUAUCAGUCAGCUGUGAGAACAACUAUUGAGUGGUUAAUGUUAGUUGUAGCAGUAGUUCCACAUAAGGCGCAAGAUUCUGAAUGCCGCUCAGAAAUGCUGUCUUGGAUCCGAUGAUCUCUAGGUUUUGGGACACAGCCAUCGUCUGAAGUGUGGGUGGUUGAGGCGCGUGUGUUGUGUUGAGUUGUUGCCUAACAACCUCUGCGUCUGCACUCAUCCGCUCCAUCUCCUCCUCUAAACACAGUCUUAUUUCAUUUCCAAGCCCAGAGAGCAGCAUAUUCACUCUUGUGUUAUUGAUAAGAGCUUCAUCUGAUAACGGCUUCUGUCUUGUCCAGAGCUUUUUAUUAACUGCUGAGUCUGGUUUGGGAGAAUAUGAAUGUCAACAUCAGCAACUUUAUGGAGGACAGAAAGGCGAACACCGAAGAAGCGCCUUACAUGGAAAUGAAGACAAGUUUUGGUAACAAGGAGAACAUCAAGCCUGCUAAUAAAAAACAACCUUCUCACCCCAAACAGACCAAAGAAGAGAGUUUUGGCCUCAGUUUACCUCUUGGAGAGGAAUAUGAAAGAAAAAAGCAGAAGUUAAAGCAAGAACUACGUCUUGAUUACCGACACUUUAUGUCCGAGAAAAAAAAUCAAAUUAUUGCUGAUCCACUUCCACAGUCCCACAUGCUGUCUCUCCCCAUAAAAGAACGGAGAUCAGCAAAGGAAAAGCUGCAGGAUGAGAGGAACAAGGAAUAUAAUAUGUUUCUCCGAGGGCAAGAGGGAGCACAGAAAAUAGGGAAAACUUCAACUACCCCACAGGCCCUGGAGAGAGAUCGUUUUGGCUCUAUUACUCCAAAGUAUCCUGUUGGUUCUCUAGAGGUACAAGCGCAAAAGGCCAGUCAGAGCCCGGAGAACACCGUGUUCUCAAAAAGGGAUGUUGCCACUCUGACUGAGCCCAUUUCCGGAGUGCCUAAGGUAUCAAGGCCACGGAGACGCUGGGGAGAGACACCGGAUCGCUGGGGAGGCCCUCACCGAGAUCACACCAGUUCUGAUGAGGAGAUAGAGCUCUUAGAGAAGGAGAGGCACAAAAAUGUACAGGAAGACACGGGCAAAACCAGGAGAGGAGGAAAAUAUGACAACAGCUCUCACAGUCUACAAGCACCGACUCCAGCGCAAAGCAGAUCUGUCAACGAGCAGAACAUGACUGAGUUUGCUACAGGACUCAUGAUUGGUGCUACUGAAGGUGAUGAGGCCUCUCAGAGGAGGAAGGAACGGUACAGACUGGAGCUGCUACAGCAAAUAGCCGAACAACAGAAGAACAAAAGGAAGGAGAAGGAGCUAGAGUUGAGAGUGGCUGCAACAGGCGCUGUUGAUCCUGAAAAAAAGCCAAACAGAAUCAAACAAUUUGGUGCCGUGACCCGGGAACGCGAGGGUAGGAGAAUGGAUGUAUCCUACCACCCAGGGCUGGGUCUGGAGGAGUUCAGGGCUGACUCUGCCAGGUGGCUCAAAGAAGAGAGAUCUCCACAGCCACCAAAGGAGACAGCACCCCCUGAGAGACCCCGUGUUGCUUUCCAGUCUCCAUCUCUAGACCAUAGCACUGUCUUAAGCCAGCUUGCUAACACACCAGGCCUUGGUCUGGAGGCUGGAGCAGGGUUUGGGGCCAAUGAUACCACCUCUCUUACUGAAGACAAUCACAGAAGCCUCUCAAGAACCCUGGGGGAGAUAGUUGCCCCAAGAAUUACAGGUGCGCGUCCUCCGUUGGGUCCCUCCCACGCUGACUCCUAUCAAACUCCUUAUGAUAAUGCACAUUACUAUUAUGGAGCUAGAAAUCCUCUAGACCCCAAUGGCAAUCUGGCCUACUAUGGACCAGCUGUGGGUCAGCAGGCACUCAUCCCUCCAGAAGCACAGUGGCCUGUUCUGCAGCCUCCGUCUGGAGGCCUCACACAAGCGAUCAGCCAUGCUGGAGUUGUUCCAUCAGGACCAGCGUUCUUUCCUCCGGAGAGGCUGCAGCAGCCCAAGGAAAGUGCUGUUAGCUAUCAGGAAGCCCUUAAGCAGCAGCCUGCCGUCUCACUUUGUCAUCAUCUUUGGGAUGAACAGAUCGAGGAAAAGAGAAGAAAGGAGGCAGAAGAGAGAGAGCGAUGCAGGCUCGAGGAAGAGAAAGAAGAGGGGCGGCUGGCCGAACAGCGAGCUCGGAUCCAAAGGGAGUACGAGGAAGAGCAGGAGAGGAAGCGUCAGAAAGAAAAAGAGCAAAUGGCCAAAAAUGAGGAUUUGGUCAGGCAAGCCGAAGAGCGUCGUAAAGAGGCUGAGAAAAUGAAGAAAGAAGCAGAGGAGAAGGAGAACGAAGCCCUGAGGAAGAAACAGGAGAGAGAGAAACAGACACAUCUGGAGGAGGGCACCGUCACCACCCCUACCAGCCCUGCAGAAGAAACUACGUCAGCAGACGCCCAGACCUCCAUCGGUGGAGAGCCACCGCUGUUCUGCAACUCUGUCUGUGAGUGA